UAUUUUACAUACAUAGCUAUUCAAUACACUAUUCACCAGGAAACCAUAUACAGUAUCGACAUACUCUCGUCUCAACGAAGCACAGCUCACACUCCACGCCCAUCACAAGUUCACAAUGGUUUUUCACAACUGCUCAUGUAAGGUGGGGCCAUCUCUGCUGGCCUGCGACAUGUCCGACAUGGCCAAUGAAGCCAAGCGCGUGGUAGACGCAGGCGCCGACUAUUUGCAUCUGGAUGUCAUGGACGGGCAUUUUGUACCGAAUAUCACUUUCGGAGCUCCCGUGAUCAAAUGUUUGCGCAGGCACACGAAGGCAUUCUUCGACUGUCACAUGAUGGUCAGCAAACCCGAACAGUGGGUGCAGGACAUAGCCGAUGCCGGGGGGGAUCAGUUCACAUUCCACUUUGAAAGCACAGAGAACCCUGAAGCGCUUAUCCAGCAGAUCAAAGACGCUGGUAUGAAGGUUGGUGUGGCUGUAAAGCCAAACACGGAUAUAAAGCUCAUCGACAACAUAGUAGACAAGUGUGACACGGUGCUGAUCAUGACUGUGGAGCCUGGAUUCGGCGGACAGAGCUUCAUGCCCGACAUGAUGGAUAAAGUGGAGUAUUUGCGUAGCAGUAAGCCUGAGAUGGACAUUGGCCUGGAUGGGGGUCUGGGGCCUAAGACGAUAGACGUGGCGGCCAAAGCGGGGGCUAAUAUGAUUGUUGCGGGCAGCGCGGUAUUCAACUCAGAUCCGCGUGAGGUGAUACAGAUCAUACGGGACAGUGUCGAGAAGUAUGGCAAUGGCAAAGGGCAAACGAGUGCUUAGCAUUCCUUUUGGGUUCUGUUAAUGGUCAGAAAGAAUAUAUAUUUAUAUAUAUAUAUAUAUGUGUGUGUGUAGUGGUAGUUGUGUGCAAUAAACUAAUUGUGUAA